GAAUCGGAAACAAAUAAAUCGAAACCGGUUUCACAGAAAUCGAAAGAAAAGAAUCGAUUUUGGAAUCGAAUCGUUAGAAUCGGAACGUCCCUACUUGUGUGCUGUUGUGUACCUGGGUUCAGAUUAGGUUGGGUUUAGAUUAAUAAUACUGCUAUGCGCGUUGUUCGUCGAUUGCGGUGCUAACGAAUGCGUUUGAUACAUUGCGGUACCGGAAAGAAGAAUACGGAAGUAGUAACAGUGUUAUCAAUGAAUUGAGAGAUUGAAAUUUUCCAUUUCGCUGGGCAUGGCUUGCUGGCAGGUGUUACGCGGGUAUUUUGAAUGUAUUUGAAUUUUUUAAACAAUAUCGCCUUAAACUAAUUGCAUUAAAUAUUUCCAUGCAAUAUUAUUCGUAAAUCAAAUGAUAAAAGUAUUAAACUCUGGUCAAUUUAUCCGUUGCGUUGUCCAUAAAAGUCGUGUUUACUCAUCAUUUAAUAUGCCAAAGAAGCAAAAUAAAGGACAAAAGCCAAGUGGCGAAAGUGCAAGUCCAUCUGAUGAUUUACCUAUUGGGACAGACAAACAAGGGAAUAUUGUAUUAAAGAUUCAAGCAAAACCUGGUGCUAAAGUGAAUGGAAUUACAGGCAUGGACUCGGAAGGAGUUGGAGUGCAAAUUAGUGCUCCGCCUGUCGAAGGAGAAGCGAAUAGUGAACUUGUUAAGUACAUAGCGUCAGUGCUGGGGUUAAGAAAAUCAGACGUUUCUUUAGAUAGGGGUUCUCGUUCAAGGCAAAAGACAUUGGUUGUAACUGGAAGUUGUAUUACAAAGGAAGAUGUUCUCAACAAGUUAAAAAUGGAGAUUGACAGAAAUUGAGUACUUUGUUGAAAUGAAUUGAAAUAACCCAGGGUAUUUGAACCAUAAGAAGAGCUAUGAAAUGAAAUGAGAAUGUGUCUGAAAGGAAUGUAAAGGAAGACACAGAAAAGUGAAUGAAGGUCCUAAAAAAAUUGCAGGGGCCAUGUUGAAAAUAAAAAUGUCUCUCCAUUUAUAACAUUGUUUAAAAAAUAAAAGGCAAGGUUUGAAAAAUGAUUUGGCUUCAUUUGAAGAUACUCAUGUUUUACCUCCAUCUCAAUUUUCUGGAAAAAACGGGGUCUUAAUUUCAAGAAAGUACAGUAAUGUAGUAUAGUGGGAAACAUUUCUGUGAAUGUAGAUUAAAGAGGAAGUCUAGUCUCUCAUGCCUUUCCUGUAAAAUUAAGGCAUUACAUUUUUAAUGUUUGUAAUUAAAUUUUUAUAUUGUCAUUAUAAAAAUUCAUCACUGCAAAAUAUCUGGGAGAAUUGUUUCCUGCAAGCCUAAGACUGAUCUUAAGUUCUAGGGAAUAAACUCUAAGAAAGGGGAAAGGUCAAUUAAUACAGUAAAACUUGUUCAAUGCGGAAUCUCAAGUGUAUUUUUCUUGUUAGAGAAGAUUUCGCAUUAUGCAAUGUAAUAGUGUGGAAUUCAUGUUUGGUAGAAAUGCGAUUUAUGUUCGCAUUAGAGAGAUUUCCACAUUAUACACAUUACACAUUGAGCAAGUUUUAGCAUUGAGCAAAAUAAUAUUUUACUUAAUCAUAUAAUACUUGCUUAAGUUCUAAAAUCUCUUAUGUUAUGCAAGAAUUGUAUUGGAUACAAGAAGAAAAAAAUAUCAUUGUCUGAUCGU